AUGGCCAUACUUGAAGCGGAAGUGGCGUUCUUGGCGCAUGCGUUGGGAUACACACCGGAGCAGGUGCGAGCUGGUGCGGUGCAGCGCAUUCAAGCCCAAGACUGGGUGGUAUCUCGUCAGCAUACCUCGUCCGUGCAAGGCAUUCCCAGUGCACAAUGGGGCACCGAGGCCGGACAACCCAGCAAAGCGGCAGCUGCGCAGGGCGUGAAAGCAGGAGAGGGAGGCGUUGACGAGGACCUCGAGACGGCGACUUACACCAUGGUUACCAUCGAGAAGGCUACUGGAAAGUGGGGGGCAAAGAUAUUGUUGUGGGAUGGGGAUAAACGGCGGCAGCAUUGGCUUGGCGCUUACACGACCCCCAAAGAGGCCGCUGUGGCGUUUGUGGCAGCUGCUCAUGUGCUGCGACACGGUGAGGAGAUAGUAAAUACCAUCCCUCUGAUAGAUGCACACAAGGCGUUGCUGGAGGGCUGCGACAAGGAUGCGGUGGUAAAGCUCGUGGGUGCGCGCAUGUGGUGGCGGUGGAAGAAGUGGCGCCAAGUGGUGCAGGAACUUGAUUCCAAAAAGAGACGCCAAAGGAAGGCCCCGUCAGCUAACACACGGGGCAAGAAGAGGAGAGUGGACGGCAAGGUGGCUGGUGGCGGGGAUGUUGAAGCGACGGGGAGUGAUGUUGCAGGAAUCGGACAAACAGAGCCGAUCGAACUCGUGGAGAACGAAGGGGAGUCCCAGGGUGCCAGCGGCAAAGAGGAUGAUGGGGGGGAGGAUGAGAACGAAGAGGGGGAUGAGGGGUAUGAGGGUGAUGAGGGGGAUGAGGAGUACGUUGGUGAGGAGGGUGGUGAUGAAGAUGGAUCUCAGUAG